GAGGGGUCCAGUCAGGGCCAAACCACAGACCAAAACACCAGCAGAGUCCGGAGACCCAGCUGUUAGGCUUAACACAGUAGGGGAUACGAGGGGGGUGCAGAUCCAGACGACAGAACACCUGCUGGAGAACCCAGACGUCUAGGAGGGCAAGUCUAGAACCGAGAGAAUGAGCACACCUGGCCUGAGUUGAUCUUGAUUGCCCCCCUGCACCUAGCCUUGAAUCCUGUCACACAGAGAGCUACCUGAACACGUUCACCAACACGCUGUAACACACACAAGUGCUCUCUUACACAGAUAGACAUACACUCACACUGCAGGAUGUUCAAGUACACUCCUCCUUGGCAGGUGCUGUGUAACAGCAUGGAGCAUGAGACCAAGAGGCUCUCAGUUGCUGCACCUGACGAUUCCCAGGAUGUGUUGACCCAGGAGGAGGGAGACCAGAUAGUGUGCCAAUCUCACCAGCUUCCUGCUGCAGAAAUCUCACCGUCUACACAGGAAGACACCACAUUCCAAGGAACCAUGGAAAGCACACCCAGAAAAUGGGUGCUUCAGCCCAUGUCACCCAAACUGGAGCUGGCAGUAGACCUUCGCACCAUGCUCAGCCCCACCACCGAUGAGCCCUUUAGUCUGGACCAGAGCUGGAUCUACAACCGGAAUGGCAACUCUUCAGCUUUCAGUUUUGACAGCAUCUCCGUGACCCGCACCCAGUCCACAGUUAUCGUAUCCACCCAGCAGAAGGUGUCCCGGGAUGUGGUGGUGCAGGCCAGGCAGGUGGCGGUGUCAGAGGAAGAUUGCGGCAACACCAGUGAAGACUGGCAACCCAGUAGCCCUAGCAGUGCAGGGAGCACGGGCUCCCAACGUGGCUUCUACUCCUUUGUGGAUGAUCCGGUGAGCCCCGAGGCGGAGAUGAACGAAGCCUGGAUGGUGUCCCCAGAGAGACAAGCCAAGUUGGCGACCCUGAAAGAGGAAAGCAGUUUCAAACUGCAGACAUACACCGGUGGGAAGAAGCCAGGGAGUCUGUUCGAGGACGACGAGGACUCCCGCUACCAGGUGAACACCAACGGUGCCCAAUUCAAGGCGGAGGAGGAGGAGGAGAAGCAGCUUAGGCAGGAGAUCAUCCACAGUCAAGCCCCCAAAAAGAUUGCCACAUUCAGGGAGCAGUGGAGUGCACUUGAAACCCUGGAUCUCAGCAAAUCACCCAACAAGUUGCUCGAAGGGUUCAGCUUGUGCUACGGGCCAAGCAGCACUAAAUCUGAGUCCACACCAGCAGCUGAGCCAUGCACCAUCGACAACGAACAGAUCAACUUCAGCGCAGCACGGGAGCAGUUCCGAAAGAUGGAACAGUCGAGGCUCAACCCAUUCCUGCAGAGUCCCCGCUCUCUAAAACCACAAAGACUGUGGCAGUCAGAAGACAGCUUGCUGUCACCAAGGAGUGAGAAAAAAGACUACCACUCUGCGGAAUGGUUUAACCAAAGUCUGACCCCAGUGAAACGUCAGGACAAAGGGGAAAAUGUCACUGGCAGAAAGGUGUACCGCACAGGGGAGAGAGUAACCAAGAGGCAGAGUAGCCUGUUUGAUGACCUUGACUCUGGACUUGAGGAUCUAUCGGGUGACACCAGUGUUGGCUACACAAGUGACGGAAGCAUGUCCAAUGACAACCCUCAGCCAGAAAGCAAGGGCACCCAAUCGGCAAGUGGUUACAGAGAGACGCCCAUAGAGAGGGAGAUUCGUAUUGCUCAGGAGAGAGAAGAGAGUCUUCGGCGAUUGCGGGGCAUCAAGCACACCGACGUCCAAGAGAUGGUGGAGGUCAAGUCUCUGCUCUCCCAGCCUACACCGCCACUGAUGCCUGUCAAGGCAAAUAAGAAGAACCGGGUGAGCUUCUUCAUCCAGCGCGAGAUCAAAAAGGACAGCCAGAGGGAAGAAGACUUGCUGUACCAGGGGAGAGUCCCAGGUCUAUAUGGCCGGGGAACUCCUCAGGAAAUGGAGGAUCGGAGAAAGAUCUUUGAGCUUGGAGACCAAUCUGGAGCCGAGGUUGAGACGAUGAAAAGGACUUGGUCAUCACCCAGGGUCAUUGUGAGGAGUAGCAGCUCAGAUAUGGAAGGCUACCCUUCCCCUUGCUGCCCUCACCGGCACUCCGAAGAGACCGAGUUGUACAUCGGCAGCAUGAGCGCCACUCCAAGCGUCAAUACCACCAGCGAAGGCUGGAGUUCAGAGUCCCAAGACCUCAAAAGAGUACUGCCAAGCAGCUUCCCAGAGGAGAGCGUCAUGUUGAAAGGGAAUGAGACCAGUAAGGCAGAAAGCGCUCAAGUUACAGUGGUGGUGAAGACCAGUACUAGUGAAAUAGUAAAUUACCCAUCGUGGUUAGUGGAAAGAAAGAAGCCAGUUCCAGCCAGAGUCUCCUCGGCUAAAGAAGCCUCCUCCUCUUUGUCAUCCUCUCCCUCCUCACCUACACCCACUGCGUUUGCAGUGCAGGUGUCUGAACCGAGUGAUAAGCCUGUCCCAACCUGGAGGGCGCACCUGGAUUCUGGCGGCCUGCGACAUCGAAGACCAAACGCUCCAGAUAUUAUCCAGAAGGAGAUUGAGCAGGAUCUGAAACGUGAGCAGGAGCUCCGGGAACUGCGGGAAUCCAGUGGCCUGUCCGCCUCUAUGGAAGGAAGCUUGGACUGUAUAGAACGAGACGCUAAAGACUCAUGUCAAUCGCAAAGCCUGCGAAGAGUCAUUGUGGAACAGGAAGAGUCUGUCUUCUCUGAGAGCCCUUCACUUCCAGUAGAGCAGACGAGCUUGGCCAGAUGGUCCUACUCAUCUAUCACUCCAGUAUCAAUGCUAGUGGACAGCGCAUCUCGCUUUUCCACCUCCAUUCGUCCCACUGCCCGUCUUCCCUCCUUUUCCAUAGUCACUGCCCAGCCAUGGGGCUCCCCAAGGCCCAGCUCCCCUGUGGUGAGCAGGGUUGCCCCCCUGUUGCCUGCUAGCCCGUGGGUAGAGAUGGGUGGCUCCCCUGGGAUCCCCACGCAAAAAGGCCUGACCGAAACACUGCUAGAGGACUUUGAGGAGAGGAGAAUCAAACUGAAGCUGGAAGAGAAUGCUUAUGCAGGAAUUCAGCCUACUGACGAUGUGAACAAUGAAGUGUUGGAGGCGACCCGCGUCACCAGGCACAAAAACCAGCGGGCACUGCGCUGGGAGGCUGGCGACUACACAAAGGAGGACAGCCAAUGAGUCCACCAGCCUUCUCCACUGGAGGGUGAGCGAGCAUGGAAAGGAGAAGAGGAGAUGGAACAACAGGCAUUUUAGGGAAGUUGUCCCAUCUCAGCACAUAAGAAUAUACUCCGUCUACACACUACCUGGCUGAACUAAUGAUUGGUCAACUUUGUGAUAAACCCCCCCCCGUCCAUCAUCUGCCACCCGAGCAUUGCCCUGACUAGGGCAGGUACCCUUUCACGAUUUAGAAGCGAAAGGUGAACUGAAAAAUAUGUAAUAGAUGAGACAGGUUUUUAGCUGAGGCAGAAAAUGGAAUGGAAGUGGAAUUUAAGAGGAGUUCUGCGCCUGCUUAGAAUGCAUUGCCUUGUUUUGGGAUAGAAAGGUGUAUGAGUUAUUUUUAAGUCUGGCAGUCACUGCUAGGUAGCUUUGAUUAGGCCCAUCCGCCCUCAAAAGGCUGCAUAGAAAAUGAGUGAGGGAGCUAUUUUUGUCUUGUCAGUUGUGCUUUGCAAAGCAAAAACAAGCAAGAAACCAUCGGAUAUCCAUUAUGUAUUUAAUAAAGCAAACAUUUCCAAACCAAUAUCCAGUCCAAUGAAGCACUUGCAGAAGUCUUCAGGAAAUGUUGACUUUUGUCUAAUUUAAUAUGAAAUAAUAUCUAAUAAAGAGUUAGCUACAGCUGA